AACUAAAAACAACCUCCCUUCCUGUUCUUUCUCUCCAAACUUUACUCAGAAAAACAAAAGAAACAAUGGGUAGAGAGGAACUGCACAUAACUGUACCGAGUCUCUUCAAGUGCCCAAUCUCGAUGGAGGUGAUGAAAUCCCCUGUGAGCCUCUGCACCGGUGUCACCUACGACCGCUCCAGCAUCCAGCACUGGCUCGAAUCAGGCCACGACACGUGUCCCGCCACCAUGCAGGUCCUUCCCUCUAAGAUUUUCGUCCCUAACCUCACUCUCCACCGCCUCAUCCACCUCUGGCUCCACCACUCCACCGCUGCCGCCGCGACGGCGUCGUUGAUCUCUUCUCACCAAGUUCGGGUUUUCAUCGAGAAUAUAACCGAGAACGUUGACCGCCGUGAUUGCCUUGAAAAAAUUGUGGAGUUCGCUAAUGCUCGCGACGAGAACCGGAGGUUUUUGGCGGAUUUCGAUGGCUUUGUUGAGGCGAUCGUUGGUGUUCUUUGCAAAAUUGCGGAGAUGGAGGUUGUGGAAUUAGUUGUUAGGGUUUUGGAUCUGAUUAUGUCGCAAAAUGGAGUUAAGGAACGAGUUUACUCUUCCAUUUUCAGAAGCAAUCACCAAAAAUGGUUCGCUUCGAUUUGUUUGCUUUUGCGAAAUGGAAGUGUAAACUCGAAGAUCGAGUCUGCUAGGGUUUUGGAAUAUCUAGCCGCUCUUGAGGUAACCGAAUCCAAACGCAGAAUCGCUGAAGAAGAAGAAAUACUCACUGUGCUGCUCCGUUUGUUAGCUUCCGAGAAUGAUUUCAACCUAUGCGACGCCGUUUUGUCGUGUUUAAUCGCGGUGUCAGUGACUCGUUCAGUGAAACCCCGGCUCGUCCGGUUCAGGCUCAUUCCGAUUCUCUCAGAAAAACUCUUGAACCCUAACACCAAACUCUCCACAGCUGGCAAGUGUGUGAAGCUAUUGUCAAGAGUUUCGACGUGCCCGGAGGGGCGGUCCGCGAUAAGCGAGGCCCCAAAGUGCGUAGCGGCGGUGGUGGAGCGGCUGAUGAAGGCGGGGACGGAAGACGCGGUGGCGAUGCUGUGGGGAUUGUGUUGCGUGCAUGGGGAGAAGAAGGUGAAGGACGUGGUGGUGAAGAGUAAUGGAGUGACUAAGAUACUGCUGGUGAUGCAGAGUGAGUGUGAGGGGCACGUGAGGAGGAUGUGUGGAGAGUUAGUUAAGACUUUGAGAGUUGGGUGCAAGGUUGGUGGUAGUGGUGGUGAUGGUGCGUUGAGGAGGUAUGAGACCAAGACUACUCAUAUCAUGCCUUGUUGAAAGUGUAAUAAUCUACAAUAUGUUUAUUUGCUAAUUGGUCUA